AUCCAAUUCCAAUAGGCUGGAAAACGAAAUUCCCUAAUUCCCACUAUUUUCUGGACUCAGUGCAGGCACAGCUGCAGUUCCAGGGAGGCUGGAACACCUAAAAUUGAGCUCCACGAUCCAAUUCCAAUAGGCUGGAAAACGAAAUUCCCUAAUUCCCACUAUUUUCUGGACUCAGUGCAGGCACAGCUGCAGUUCCAGGGAGGCUGGAACACCUAAAAUUGAGCUCCACGAUCCAAUUCCAAUAGGCUGGAAAACGAAAUUCCCUAAUUCCCACAAUUUCCCUGCCUCCCUGGAGGCAGUCCCAUGGAGCUCCUCCAUCCCUGCUUCCCAGCGCGAUUCACCUGCCUCGAGCGCUCCUUUUUACCCCUUAAACCCUUUUCAAACUCACCAUUUCCUCUUCCUGCCUCGAUAUUUCCUGCCUAAAACCCCCAAACUGGGAAAGGGAAGGGGCGUGGAGAAACCGGGAAUUUCCCUGCGCGGCACCGCUCUGAGGUGUCCCCGAGGCCGGAGCUCACAGAGCGGCCGGCGCUGCCACCACGGGCCAUGGCAGCUCCAAGGAUUCCUUGGAAUUUUCCUGCUCUCUGCUGGCUCCUGGCUGUGGCUCUUCCCGAUUCCCUGGCUUUGGAGUGUCGGGAGCACCAGUAUCCCUUCCAUGAGAAGUGCUGCAGCGACUGUGCCCCCGGGGAGAGGAUGAGGAGCCGCUGCACGGCCACAGCAGACACCAUUUGCGCCCCGUGCCAGGAUGAAUAUUUCAGCUCUGAGCACCACCACGGCUUCUGCCACAGCUGCACCAUCUGCAACACCAGGAAGGGCAGCGUGGAAGUGAAGAAGUGUGAGAAGACCUCGGACAGAGUGUGCAUGUGCCGGGCAGGAUUCAUGCCAGCUGGAAUUCCCUUGGGAAGUGAGUGCUCCCGAUGUCCUGAAGGGACUUUCUCCAGAGGAAGGAAUGAGAACUGCCAGCCUUGGACCAACUGCAGCAGUUUUGGGAAGAGCACCCUCCGAGCUGGCACAGGGACAGAGGAUGCCCUUUGCAGCAGCCCUGAUGUCCCUGCCAGUGCCACCAGCCCCGCCCCGGAUCCCAUUCCCACGGAAUUCCCGGAGAACAGCUCCAGUGCCACGGCCCCCUCCAGCCCCAGGGAGAUUCCCUCCGUUUGCCUGGAUCCCAGCAGCCCCACGGAGCCCAGCUGGGGCUCUUUAUCCCUCCUCCUGCUGUGCCUGAUCCUGCUGAUGGUGAGUGGAAUGUCCAUCCUCCUGCUGAUUAUCCAGGCAGCCAGGAAGGAAACCAGGAGAGGGCCUGGGAGGAGCAUCCAGCGGAAGGAGGAGAGCUGUCGAAUUCCCAUCCAGGAGGAGCAGAUCGACUCCAAUUCCAGCCUCAUCAAAAACUGACUCCGCUCCUUUGCUGUUUCCUGCAUUUUCUGAGCCAAUGGAUCUGAAGGAGCAGUGGGAUUGUCCUGUGGCUAAUUAGGGGCUGGUUUAACUCUUUAAUUACACUCAGGGUCUCCCUGAGUGUCCCCUUUGGAAUUUGUGCCCAUGGGGGAAUUCCUUAGGGGAAUUUUUUGUGGUUCUUUCUCCUGGGCAAAUCCUUGCUCAGCAUCCCAGGGCUGAGUUGAAAACCCUCUGGGAAUUUCCAGGCAGGAAUUUCCAGCUGGAAGAGCUGAUCAUGGAGCAGACUGAAAACCAGGAUGGUUUAGGGAAGAGAAAAUCCUUGGAUGCUCCUGGUAAGAGGAAAAUCUGAAUUAUUAACCCAAUCCUGGGAUUUUGGGGUUGGAUUUGAACCAAGCUUGUACAGCCUAAACCUGGGUUCACCUUGGAACCCAGAACUGAAGAAAUCUUGAGCUGUGCAGUUAAAACCUUCCCACACUGCAUGAAAAAAAAGGAAUUUUACUUCUGUAAAGGUUUAAAAUCCCCCCACAUUUUGAAAUGAUCAGGGUUGAAAAUCCCCCCAUAUUUUCAAAUUAAUUUUACAUCUGUAAAGGUUUAAAAUCUCCCACCUUUUGAAAUGAUAAAAGGUUCAAAAUCCCCCCCAUAUUUUUAAAUUAAUUUUACUUUUGUCAAGGUUUAAAAUACCCCACAAUUUAAAUUAAUUUUACUUCUCUAAGGGUUUAAAAUACCCCCACACUUCGUGAAUUUUACCUCUGUAAAGGUUUAAAAUCCCCCCCAUAUUUUCAAAUGAAUUUUACUUCUGUAAUGGUUUAAAAUACCCCCAACAUUUUAUUAAAUGAAUUUUACCUCUCUAAGGGUUUAAAAUCCUCCAUAUUUUAAAAUGAAUUUUACCUCUUUCAGGAUUUAAAAUCCCCCCAUAUUUUGGAAUUAUUUUAUUUAUAUAAAGGCUUAAAAUCCCCCAUAUUUUGAAAUUAAUUUUAUUUCUGUAAAGGUUUAAAAUCCCCCCGCAUUUUAAAAUGAUCAGGGUUUAAAUCCCCCCUACACUUCAUGAAAUUAAUUCUCCCUCUCUAAUUGGUUUUCCACAACUUCAUCACUUUUGGAAAGCAAAUUUUUAGGGAGCAAAUUCCAAAUCUGGAGUGUCUCAGGGGAGCCUGAAAUGUUCUUGUGAAAACUUCUGCUCAAUUUGAAAUAUCUCAGUGUAAAUUCGCGACAACUUGAAUUUUUUAUCAUUUAGGACUGGUUUUCACUUCAAAUAUCAGCUGAUAACUCCUCAAAAAUGGGAAUUUUAAACACACAGCACCAAGAAUAUUCCAAAAUAUGCAGCAGGAAAUUUAUUUAGGAAUUUAAAGUUGUUUGUAAAUCCAUGGAUUUUAAAUAUUUGGGGGUUUUUUUAUAUGUUAUACAUAUGGUGGCCUCAGCAGGGAUUUCCCUUUCCUCAGGGCUUAUACUGUGUAUAGGAACAUUUGUAUUAUAUACAAAGUGGGAGAGGGAUUUCUGGGAAUAAAACUCUGGAAAAACA